ACUCGGGACCACCGUGUCUCUUCCCUGGGACCGUCAUUUCCCCCGGAGCUCCCGUGUCUCCCCCUGCCCGGGAUCCCGUAUCCCCCAUCCCUCGGCUCCAUCCCCCCGGGACCCCCGGUCCCCACUCUCGGGGGACCCCCGGGGGUUGGGGGCUAUCACCGGCCCCUCUGGGGCUCUGGGGGUCUGGGGGUGGCUCCUGGCGGUCCCAACGCGCCCUCCCCAGAUCAACGAGCUGAGCCAGGUGCCGCUGCCCGUGAUGCUGUUGCCCGACGAUUUCAAAGCCAGCUCCAAAAUCAAGGUCAACAACCACCUGUUCAACAGGGAGAACCUGCCCAGCCACUUCAAGUUCAAGGAAUACUGUCCCCAGGUGUUCCGCAACCUGCGGGAGCGCUUUGGCAUCGACGACCAGGACUACCAGGUGUCCCUGACUCGGAGCCCCCCGCGCUGGGCGGGCAGCGGCCACCGGCUGCUGCUCUCGGCCGACCGGACGCUGGUGCUGAAGGAGCUCUCGAGCGAGGACGUGGCCGAUGUCCACGGGCUGCUGUCCCACUACCACCAGUACGUGGUGCAGUGCCACGGGCAGACGCUGCUGCCGCGGUUCCUGGGCAUGUACCGGGUGAGCGUGGACAGCGAGGACACCUACCUGCUGGUGAUGAGGAACCUGUUCAGCCACCGCCUGCCCGUGCACAGGAAGUACGACCUGAAGGGUUCCCUCGUGGACCGAGAGGCCAGUGACAAGGAGAAGGGCAAGGAGCUGCCCACGCUGAAGGAUGUGGAUUUCCUCAACAAGAACGAGAAGGUGUUCGUGGAGGAGGAGCAGCAGCGCGAGUUCAUGGAGAAGCUCAAGCGGGAUGUGGAGUUCCUGGUGCAGCAGAAGCUGAUGGACUACAGCCUGCUCCUGGGCAUCCAUGAGGUGGAACGGGGGGAGCAGGAGGAGGAGGAGGAGCUGGAGGAAGAGGAGCUCGGGGGUGGUGACGAGGCGGGAAUGGGGGACCCCUAUGGCACCUCCCCGGAGGGCCUGGGGGGGCUCCUCAACUCCUACCGACCCCUGGGGCCCGGGGAAUUCGACCCCUGCGUGGACGUGUACGCCCUGCGUGGGGCCGAGGGAGCCCCCCGGCGCGAGGUUUAUUUCAUGGGGCUGAUCGAUGUCCUCACCCAGUACGACGCCCGCAAGAAGGCGGCGCACGCGGCCAAGACCGUCAAACACGGGGUGAGCGGGGGCCCGAGCUGGGGGAGAGCACCCCCGGCCUGGGGGGCGGCAGGGGCCCCCCAUGGGUAUUUUGGGGAGUGGGGUUCUUGGAGUGCCAAAGGCGAGAGGAAGAGGUUG